CCUUGCAAACUCAGACCCGAAUCUCGACUGCGUUGCGUCCCACUCCCUCGCGAAAGAGAAGAGCACGGUGAAACGAGAGCGGGAAGGAGAUCGAAGAAAGCUGCGACAGUUUUCGCUCCAAUGGAGUUCAGACCUCGAAACUACAAGCAAGAGAAGGAGUCGCACGCGCUUCAUCGGACGCGCGUGGACGAUCAUCCUCUGUGCACUCCGUCGACAUCGCACCGUCAGGUUGUCGGGGAACAUCACACCGAGAACUUUUUCGAUCCUCUAAGAGGGCCAAACACUAACGUUGGAGAGGCUUUUCACAAUUUACCGGAUGAGGAGCGUACUUCCGGAGGUUUCUGUACUGAACGUGAUAAUCAGCACACAAGGGACUGGAAUUCAUUCAAGAGAUUGUUGAUGCAGAGGUUUCCUAUCUCCAAGAUGAUAUCUAUCUCAUCGAUAUCUGAUGGAAUAAUGAAAAGUAACAAGGUUGAUGAGAUAUCUUCCACAAGUUCACGUCUGGAAGAACUGGAUGAUCCACAAAAAUCUGCUAAAGAGGGAAAUGCAUCAAUCACUCGCCAGGAGUAUGUUUUCCGAUUAAACGAUUUUAAGGAAAAGAUUGUCCAAGCUUGGCAUUCGGAGGACCGGGUGACCGCUUUGAAGUUCACAAUUAAGGUUGCUCGGCUUCUAAUGGAUACAUCAGUAAGACAAUUUUAUCCUACAUUAUUUGUUCUUGCUACAGAUGUGAUGGACAUGCUUGGAGAUAUGGUAUGGGAACGCAUAAAGCAAAAGGCUGAAUUUACAGUGGAUGGGAACAAACUUUGCUUCUUGGCAGAAAAUUUUGACGCGAAUGGGGUGUGCGUGGAUGCCAAAGAAACUUGCAAUAACUGGUUUUACAAAGUCGGUUCCAUAGAGGACCUGCUACCACGCGUUUAUUUGGAGCUGGCAAUCUUGCCUUGCUGGCGCUUUCUUCUCAUUCAACCUGCUGACUGUCUUCACCGGCUAGUCAAGAUGAUAAGAGGGUUAGCAGAUCCACUUUCAUCUGCUUAUUGUUGUCUCUACAUGGUCCAUCGUGCAAGAAAGCUGCUAUCACGAGAUACAGCAUAUUUGAUCACCUGCAUGAAUGACAUGAAUAUUCUACUCAUGGAUGCUUUGUCAUUAAAGAGGGACGUUUCAAAAACCUGUGUAGAGAAGAGAAGAUUGCUCAUCAGUUUGAUUGAGCCAACUAUUGAAUAUAUUGUGCAUCACAUCUUUGAGGAUACACCAAAGGAGCAACUAGCAAAUGCGCUUGUGAAUCUUGGAAUUGGAGGGAAAGGGGAUAAUAAAGUUGUCUCCUGCUUGUCAAUUGUUGCUCAUUGUUAUAUUAAGGAGCUUCCAGCUGACAUGGUGAGGUCUAAGUCAAAGGAGAUCAUCAACCUUAUUGAAUGCUGCAAUGAUUGUAGCUUAGAUAAGAGCUUAAAUUACAGGUUACUUGGAUUCAGGCUGUCGGAGACUACAUCUCCGCAGGACAUGGUUGAUGUGGUGGAUCAUGUCAUCCAGGUUGUUCUUCUGUGGGGAAAACUUGAUGAGUACCUGAGGGUCAUGGAUGCAUUUCUGGAUCUUGUCUUACAAAAUCAAAUGGGCAACCAUAUCUUGAACGUUUUAGAAGGUAUUGCAAUGCAAGCACGUGAUAAAGCAUUUACUGAAGAGGAACUCGGAAGUUUGCAAUCCAUCUUGGUGAAGUUUGUUUCUCAUUUUGAGGAUCUAGAAGAAUUAUUUGCUUUGAAUCACUAUCUCGAAAUCCUAGAUAUGAUGUAUGGGAGACCUCGGAGCAUUGUCAAUAUGCACAUACUUGACAGAGCAAUAAGGAAAGGACUUUGGCAUGAUCCCCAUAUCAUACAGUUGCUUUUUGGGAUUUCUAAGUCCCUGAUAGAUGAAAUAGAUCAAACAAGCAUGAUGGAUUAUGAUUAUCAACAGCCAGCACGCCUAAUAACUCGAUUUGUCAGCAUGGUUGACUAUGGUUCAGACGUGGAGCGGCAUCUGGCAUUCUUAGUUGAAUGUCGUGGGGCUUUUGGCUGCAUUAAUGAACUUAAGGAAGCUCUUGUUCAUUCCAGCAAUUCAUUGGCAAUUCAGGGCUUGAAACAUUCAAAUAAGCAGUUCAGCUUCAUCAUGUCUUGCAUAGCUUAUAGUGAAGUUACAAUACCUUCUAUUUCAUCUCCUAUGAAGCAGUCAAACCUAUAUAUCGAGACUGCAGAGGUUGCAUUGCUAGGUGGUUUAGUCUCACAUGCAGAAGGUCUUACAGAAUCUGCAGUCAGCUGUUUGCAGAGCUUAGUGGUGAAUGGCUUACCUGGAAUUGCUGAUGUAGAAGGAAUUCUCUCCUCUUUCCAGAAACUGUGCAGUCUACUAGUUAUGGUACCAUGGAAUAAAUCUAAUAUUGGGCCCAGCCUUAACUAUGCUCCAAAAAGCUUGUUUGUGUUUACAGAUUCUCAAUCAAAGUUGAUUCCACGAACAACUACGAGGCUAUUCUCAGCAAUUAUUUUAUUGUCAGCAGCGCUUUCCCAGGAGAUUCUCCCAUAUAAUGCUAAUAAUUUCGGGAUUCCUGGUAAUGACCAAUUAUUUUAUGGCGAUUCAUCCUAUUCACAAGAACUUGCAUCUAUAUCUCAGCUAGCUGUUCAGAAGUUGGUUGAUGUCAUUCAAUGGGAGCAUUCUUCAGAUGCUCGCGGAAUCAUGGCCCUUGAAGCUUGCAACUGCAUUGCAUCUUCCUUCAGAACGAGUCCUGAAACAUCCAUCAUUUGCGUCAAGCUUCUUGAGACAGCUAAGUUAUGUCUAGGUGCCCAUGACAAAUACGUGAAGUCCACAACUAAGUUCUUGGAAACAUGCUCUUUGACUUCUCCAGAUGCGGAACAAGAAGGCAUUUGAUGAAAAACUAUGCAUAAUCAAAAAUUGUACCUGAGCAGGUUUCACUACCGCUUCAAAAGCAUUACACUGAGUAUAUAAAUAUUCCUUUCUGUGACCUGUGCCGUUCUGGAGACGUUGGCACGGAAGCAUUCGACGAGACUUUGUACAGGACUGAUUCUGUUCGUCGUUUGUUGUAUGCUGACCAUAUCAUCUGUAUGUAUUCCAGCGGCAGAUUUUGUUAUACUUUUGUUAGAUUCCUGGAUUAGCUUCUCUUUUUACUAUUUUUGUAAAGUAAUCUUGCUACUUGUUUGAACAUUAAUUUAUGAAUUAUACAUGCCUUUAUAUACUUCACAACAAUGUUGAA